GCUAAGGUGUUCUAAUGAAUUGGACAUCUUUGUCCACGGUGCAUCAAUAUAUCUUAUAAUCUCUAGAACUAUCCUUGUCGCAACGUUUUGUUUGAGUGCACAAAUCGCUAUUUAUGUGUUUUUCACAGCUUGAGUAGGAAAUAUGCAAACUAGAGGUCACAACAGACUGGUAAUUGAACAACAAGAUGAUGAUGAGAUGCGACAUUAUAUUGAGCAAUUGAUGGAUGAUCAAAACCACUCUGCAGUCCAACCUUAUAUUGAGCAGUUGAUGGAAAAUCGGAACAACUCUGAGUCCCAAUCACAUGAUGGUCAAUCUAAUGAGUUGAAUAGUUCUGUUGGUGGCACUGAGGUACAACAUAAUGAUGAAUCAGAGGCGUACCCAAGCAAAUAGAAAUAAUAGGACCAAGCAAAAGAUGCCUCACACUGGAGGAUCCAAAAGUAUUGCUACUUUGAUGGAUGAGAAGGCUGAAAAUGGGAUAGAGCCUACACGAGCCCAAAUUUUUGUAUUAAGUCAUAAAAAACGUAAGGAUGGUAGACCACUGGAUGAGGAUUCUGCCAGUACAAUCGACAUGAUAAAUGAAAGGAUAAGCAAUGGUGAGAGAUCUACUAACCAACCUCCUCAUAGUGUUGCUUGGGAAGGCGAUGUGUAUUCGCAAGUGUUGGGAAAUGAAAAAAGUGGGUAUGUUCGUGGUUUGGGACUGGUCCAACUCCUUCUGUGCUAUGGGGUAGUAGAUCUUCCUUAGGAAAUAUUAUUGCAGAGGAUUCGUCUAAUGAGCUCGUACAAAGGUUAGAACAGGAGGUAAUCGAGUUAAAGGCGAAACAAAAUGAAGAAAUAAAUCUGAUGAAACAAAAUCAGGAGAAGAUGGAAUCAGCAUUACUCCAAAUGAGACAAUUCAUGCGCAAAUACGCUCCUAAUGAAUCCAUGCCUCAGAAUAUCAAUGACACCUCAAGUGAACAGGUCCCUGACGCCAACAGUGGCCAUGAACGAGUACCGCAAACCUCAAGGAUACCUAGUGUUGGUGAAAACACUCCACCUUCUCACGGUACUACUCAUCUAUAUCCUUCUGCGCUACUAUUUGAGAUUUCCGCACUUUUUGGGUACUUGAACAAUGAGGAUGUUCUGCAUGUUUCAACACUGAGAAAGUGGUCUUCAAUGGCGUUGACCACACAAGUGAGAAAUGAAUUUGGUUGUUCUCUGUGCAUUUGUUUCAAUUAAUUAUUCUCUACUGUGCUUCAAGUUCAUGAACUUUUGAAAGAUUGAGAUUGUUUAUGAGACAUGCCUAUUUUUGUUUUUCAUUUUCCCUUUCUUUGGGAUGGUGAUAGGGGUGGGGGUUGUUGUUUUAAGUUUUUGAAUAGUAUGCCUAUUUUCUAUGUGCAGUAACCAACUUUCUAGAGCUUCUAUAUAAGUUCACAGUUCUUGAUUCAAGUCAAAAUAGUUCGUAAAUAGGUAGUAACUAGACAUCUGAAUAAAACUUCCACCUCGAACUUAAUUCACCACUAGAAUAUAUUCACACAAAGAGUUGCUAUAAAAGGGAUAAUAUUGAUA